GGCUGACUCCUCCCACUGGCGCCAUGAGUGAGAGUGUUUCAUCAAACUUGAGUAAUCAAUCGCUUUUUUGGCGUUCGUAUUUUUUUACUUCUGGAUUCAGCUCGUCGUAAAAUGCAAGCACUGAGAAAUCGUUUCCGUUCGUGGUCAUCAAAUGCCAGACUUGAUGGCAAAACGGUUUUAAUUACUGGUGCCAAUACUGGAAUUGGCAAAGAGACUGCCAUUGACCUGGCAAAGAGAGGAGCUCGGAUCAUUAUGGCAUGCAGAGAUAUGGAGAAAGCUGAAGCGUCCCUGAAGGAAGUUAUUGAAGCUUCAGGAAACCAGAAUGUUGUUACCAGCAGACUUGACCUGUCGGAUUCCAAAUCGAUUAGAGAGUUUGCAGAGAAAGUCAAUACUGAGGAGAAGCAAGUCAACAUCUUGAUCAAUAAUGCAGGCGUGAUGGUUUGUCCUUAUGGAAAGACUGCAGAUGGUUUUGAAAUGCAAAUCGGGGUGAACCACAUGGGUCACUUCCUGUUGACAUACUUGUUAUUGGAUUUGAUAAAAAGAUCAACACCAGCCAGGAUCGUCAGUGUCUCAUCUAUGGCUCACCAGUGGGGGACCAUCAACCUGGAAGACAUUAACAGUGAGAAGAGUUAUGAUAAAAAGAAAGCCUACAGCCAGAGCAAGCUGGCAAACAUUCUCUUCACUCGCUCAUUGGCCAAAAGACUAGAAGGUACUGGAGUGACGGCAUAUUCUCUCCAUCCUGGGGUUGUACAGACUGAACUCUGGAGGCAUUUAAGUAAACCUCAACAGGCUGCCAUGUGGAUAAUUAAGCCCUUCACAAAAUCAUCUGUGCAGGGAGCUCAGACCACCAUCUACUGCGCUGUGGACCCUGAAAUUGAGACAGAGAGUGGCAAAUAUUACAGUGACUGUGCACCUGCAAACUGUGCUCGAGCUGCCAUGGAUGAUGAUGUGGCCCAGCGUCUCUGGGAACUCAGCUGUAAGAUGCUCAACAUCACAUGGGAGUGAAAACUCAUCUCUGUUCCGGAUGAGUGAAGGAUUUAUUAACAGAAAUAAUAAUGUUAUGGCUGCUAUUUAACACACUCUCACAAGGAGAUUUAAUACACAAAUGUUAUUAAAAAUUUAUCAAAUACAAUAAAUAAUAUAAAAUUGUUGAAAAAUUGUCAUUUUUCAUGUUUUUAUAUAAUACUGUUAAAAUGUUAAAAUCUAAAUUACGUUAGUAGUAGUAAAUGUCAAGUUCAGGUAGUUGGAAAUGUACUGUUUAUGUAAAUAAUUCUUUGUUUUUGGAAACAUUUGUAUUUUUGUAUCCUGGUUUUGAUUUUUCAGUAAAAGUUUUGGUAUGACCUAAAUAGAAAAUAAAUGUAAAAAUAUCA